AUGGCGGGUGGCACGGCUGUCGACCUAGCUACCACUUUCUACUUGACAAACGGAAUAUUGGCUGGUGGUAAAUCUUUCACCGAUCCCUCAGGGAUCAGAGUUGCCAGAGGAGGCUCCGGUGGUGGUUGCUGGGAUAUCUCUAGCGGUACUGUCAAGGUUGCUGCAUGCGAUCUGGCCAAGAACCAGACAUUUUAUGUUGGAAUUCCCGGAGACAAGCAGCCCUUCUUUAUCUACUCCUCGACACUAGGUGCCCUCGAGAGGCCCGCCACCGCCGGUGAUGCCCUUACCUUCCCUUCAGCCAGCCAGACGCAGUUUUGCGCGUACGCCAACGAUACUGAAAAGCUCGUCAUUCCUCCUACCACGGGGACUAUGUACUACCCGCAAGCGCAGUUGACAAACCUCACAUCCACCUCAUUCGGCACCACCCCGCCAGCAUCAGAAGGCGAUAUCCCUCAGUGCAGAUUCGCCGACCAAGGCAACACGUCAACAUCCAUGCUGGAGAGUAUGGGUUCUACCGACUGCAUCGUUGCACGUUCCUUUUCUACCAUCCCCAGCGGCUGCGAUGCCAAUCCUUCUAACAAGACUUGUAUCCUUCACUUGUGGCCUGCCUUUUGUCUGGAUCUUCCUGAAGUUCGCACUGGAGCCAACGCGUCGGAUGCGCUUGAGGUUUGCGUGAGGAAGAUCAGCCAAGGACCUUGUGUUGCUAAUCCCUCAGGAGCCGCUUGCGCUUCUAAUUUGUUCGCUGGGAUCAAGUACGUUGGCGGUGUUGGUGGUGGGGGCGGUAGUGCGAACUCGAAGCGCCAGACUUCAAAUGAUCCUCUGUUUGGAAACCCCGAGUCGAAUAUUCCUCUUGAAGACCAAUUCUGGAUGGGCGUGAUGAAGAACGUCAUCAACUCAGCUAUCGGUGCUUUCAAAUUUCUAGCCACGCCUCAUGUCCAAGAGCUCAAGGUUACAUGUAUGGGCAUGAGCCAUCUUACCAGCAUCUUUGAGGCGAGCGUCGGAAAGACCAUUCGAGAGGGUUGCAGAGACGCAUUCAGAGCCUUUGAUAGCAUCCACGAACUCACCUACGACAACGACAUUGAAAAGGCUGGCAGCAUCUUUGCCGAUGUCGUGGGACUCUUAAGUGUGGCCAAGGACGUCGCAACAGCAGCGAAGGCCGUCGGUGCCGUGGACGCUGUACUGGCCAAGUUUGGCAAGACUGCCGCAACUGUUGGCGAAGGCAAGGGGCUCAUGCUGGAAGCCAAGGAGGGCGAGAACACCGUGCAGAUCUUCCGUGAUACCGGCGAUGGAAAACCCAAACUGCUGUACACGGAUAGCGACGUUGCUGCCAUGGAGAAAUCCAUCGAAGAGGGAGGAUUCGACAAUUGCAAAAUCUGCAUCGAAGGAGGCGGUGCGAAGAUCCGCCGCCAAAAGGGCAUCCUGCGCAAGUUCUGUUGCUUCUUGAGUCCCCAGACCCUGGAAGCACCAGAGCCCGUUUGGAACGACCAGACCGGCCUGGCAACCGGCCUCGGCACAUCUGAAGCCAUCCCCUUGGCCAACCGCGUCGUCGCCACUCUCUCCGAGACCGCAGCCCUCACAGCUGACGAGAAGACGCUCAUUACCACCAUGAGCGAGGGCUUUGCCAACUGGUACACUAAGGCGCAGUCCGUCUCCGCAAACGUCGAUGAGAUCAGCGCCGUGCUGCUCGAGGCAAGGAAGAAGACCGCCGACUGGGGCAAGAUCGCCACCGCGACGUCCAAGGCGUACGGUCUGAGUGACCAGGAGAAGUGGGCUCUCAAGACCUGGAUCCAGUGGUACAUGAUCAACCCCGAGUUCAACAACGCCUUAUCAAAGCUUCCUUCUGCUACUGGCUUAGUCGUACGCUCGACUGAUCUUGAUGCUGCGACGGUCAACAUGCUCAAUAAGCUUGAGUCUGGUGUGAUUAGCAAGGGAAAGGCAGGCAUCUACGAGGUUCAAGACCUCGUUCUCAACGUCAACACCCCUUCAGGCGGCACCGGCGAAGUUCGCAAAGUCAUGGCGACGACCCUCAACCUCGGCGACGGCAUGUUCACAACCACAAAGGACUACCUCUUCAUGAUCAACUCCAAGUCCGGUCGCUACAUUGAAGCCGUUGCCAACUCGGAAUACCGAGAGACCUCAUUUGUGCAAGGGAUUUCCGGGAAGUUCAAGCUCAUCGGCAAGCAAGAGUUGAACGGGGGAGAAACCGCCAAGGCGGCGGGCAAGCCGGGUCCUUAUGCCGUCUAUUAG